UGUCAAAACCUUGUUGCUCCGUUUUAGAUGUGAAGAACACUAUUGUCAACGAUAGAGGUAAAAGUACAGGAAUAGUAACAGAAUGUCGAACCGACCAGUAAUACAACAGAGAGAAAGCAACAGACCAGUGGUGUCACCCAGAGAAAGCAACAGACCUGUUGUCAAAGAAGAGAACAACCGCCCUGUUAUUGGGUCCAAAAAUGACAAUAUGUUGAUGGUGGCAGCGAUCGAUUUCGGCACUACAUUUUCAGGAUAUGCUUUUUCCAUGAGGGAUAAUCCAAAGAAAAUACAAUGUCCCCACUGGAAUGCCCCGUCUACUGACCUCAUAUCCCACAAAACCCCCACCACUGUACUUCUGGACGGAAAAAAGAACUUCGUAGCCUUUGGUUACGAAGCAGAGACAAAAUACCUGGAACUUACUGAAGAAAAGAAGCAGGAAGCAAACAAUUAUUAUUACUUCAGAAGAUUCAAAAUGAUGUUGUAUGACAAAGUUAGGAAAGAGAGAUUGACUACAGAGACAAAGGUUUCAGACAUUAAAGGGAGAGAACUUCCAGCAGUUGAGGUUUUUGCUCACGCCAUUAGGUAUCUUAAGGAUCACCUGAUCAUGGAAAUAGAGUCUAAGGAUACCUCUGUCAUCGUAAAGGAAUGUAAUAUCACAUGGGUACUAACUGUCCCUGCCAUCUGGGAUGACCCAGCCAAACAGUUCAUGAGGAAAGCAGCAGAAAAAGCAGGAAUUGAAAGCAAAUCACUAGUAAUUGCGUUAGAACCAGAGGCAGCAUCUAUCUACUGUAAGGAAUUGCCAGUGGAGAAGCUCAGCGGAACAGAGAGUGGAAUUGGGGUGUUUUCUCCAGGAAAAAAAUAUCUUGUUUUGGAUGCAGGAGGAGGAACUAUUGAUAUGACUGUCCAUGAAGUGAAAUCGGGGGGUAAAUUGCACGAAUUAAGCAGAGCUAGCGGAGGAAACUGGGGUGGAGUAAAAGUGGACAUGACCUUCAAACAGAUGCUGGUAGAUAUUGUAGGAGAAGGAUUCAUGGAAAGUUAUUGCCAUUCAAAUACAGCAGAGUAUAUUGAAUUGUUCAGAGAUUUUGAAUUAAAGAAAAGACAGAAGGUGGAUGAAAAGUCCCAAACCAAGAAAAUCACGAUGAAAAUCCCAGCCACCUUUUCGGAUAAAUAUGAAGAAAUAGAAAAGAACGACAUUUCAAAGAGAACCAAAGAAACAACAUAUGGAAAAUUACUGAAAUGGGAAGGAGACAAAUUACGAAUAAAUAAGGACAUCUUUGAUGGAUUUUUCAAACCUUCUUGUGAAGGAAUUGUUAAACAUGUAAAGAAACUCUUAGCGGAUCCUAAAGUGAAAGGAACAAAUGUUAUCUUAAUGGUGGGUGGUUUUUCUGAGUCGGCAAUAGUUCAGCAAGCUGUAAAAGAUGCGUUCCCUGAUUGCCGAGUGGUGAUUCCACAUGAAGCAGGUCUUGCAGUCUUGAAAGGAGCUGUGCUGUAUGGACAUGAUCCAAGCGCUGUUGCUUCCAGAAUAGCAAAGUUCACGUAUGGGAUAGGAUGUACAGAACUUUUUGAUCCUCAAAAACACGAUCUUAAAAGAAAAAUGGUUAUUGAAGGUAAAGAAAGAUGUAGCAACAUUUUCAGUAAACAUGUUGAGGCAGGGGAUGUUUUGUACCUCAAUGAAGAGCAGGGAGAACACAAGUACUUCCCAAUAUCUGUUAACCAAAAAGCAAUAUCAUUUCCUCUGUACACCACUGAAGCUAAAAAACCUCAAUACACAGACGAACCUGGAUGCACUUAUCUCGGAACAUUAACUAUGGAUAUAUCAAACACCAAAGGGGGGUUGGAUCGAGAAUUCACAGCUCGAUUGAAAUUCGGAGGAACUGAACUAACCGUUUCUGCACGGAAUGUUCAAACCAAUGAAACUGCUCAUGCAGAUUUUGAUUUUCUUCAAGAUGAACCUUGA